AUGUUUAACCGGUCUGUUUUCUAUGCCAUUGCGGGCGAGGAAGAAGAAAUGCAGCCUGUCAGGAUGGAAGCAGGCGGGAUAGAGUGCUUUCGCGUCCAGCGCGACUAUGUUGUGAUAAGCGGCAUGCAGGCUGGCUGCACAUGCUGCGAGCACACAAUAUGCGCGCACAUUCUAUCUGUGAUAAAAAGCGCGCAUGCAGACAGCGACGUGCUCGCUGGCAUUCUCAAGUCAAUAGUGCGCAAAGCAGCCGGGCUGGCCCCGCAUCUUUAG